UUAAACGACUUGUUCACCUGCAAACCGUUCAACUUCAUUCAGCAAAACAAUUCUUCAUUCUGUAAAACAAUGUCGACAUCAAAACCAAGUGGAGCAAACCGCAAAAAAUCUGUGUCGAAACAAUUUCCAUUACAACAAAACGACACGAUGAUUACUGGAAAGAAUUCCCCAGAUACAAUUUAUGUUAAUUCGCAGAACGUGCAAAUCACUUUGCAAGCGUUCAUAAAUCGUCAUCGGAGCAAUUUACAAAAACAAAUGGAACAAAAUAAUAAACUCACACAGCAAAACACAAUUUUCAAAUGCAAUAUGGAUGAACAAGAGGGAACUAUACUGGCCCUUAAUGAAAGAAUUAAAGCCGGCGAAAAAGAUAUUGCCAAGUAUAAAGAAGAACAACAACGAUUGCUGGAAAACCAGCAAAAGCUACGCUCCGAGUUGAUCGCAUACAAAAAGCGGUGUGACGAAUUAUUGCUAGGCAACGGAAAGGAAAAGAAAAAACUUCAGCAAACGAUUGAUAAGCUACAAGAAGAGUUGAGAGAGCGAGGCGCAAAAGAGACAGAGUUGAAAAAUGAGCUUGAUGUGAUUCGUCAAGAAUUACAAGCCAAGUGGAAUGAAUGUGACAAAAGCCAUGAAGAGCUUUCGCACCUCAAAGCGGAAAUAAGCGAAAACAAGAAGCAGCUCGCGGAACUUGAGAAAUCCCACUUCAAUUUGGAACAAGAGCUGAAACAAAAGGACGUAACCAUAAAUGCAAUACGUGAAGAACAGACUGUUUUCAAAGUAGAAACUGAGAAAGCUAACAGUAAAAUUAAAAAGGCCGAGCGUAUUUUCUAUCCGAACCAAGCAAAUCCAUUGCCGAAGAUACCUCAAAGUAAUAGUAAGCGCUCUAUGCAACCAGUCAGCAUCAGUGUGCUGAGACCCCAAAGCCGAACUGCAUUGAAGCGAAGUUCUUCCUCAUCUUCGUCAGCGUCCGAAUCGGAUAACAUAGAUGUUUCAUUAUUGCGUGGAUGGAAGGGACCUACAAAUUUAAAUGGUAUGACAAGCGGUUCUGAAGUUGGGGCACAAUUUGGAAGAGAAUCAACGGAUAUACCAGAGACUCCAGAAAGGGAUAUACCACCCAGGAAAAAACGAUAUCGUCAUCAAACCAUCAUUAAAGCAUCGCUAUAAGAUGACAAAGAUGACGAGCACAAAAUUGCUCGCAAUCAAUUCACUAUACUUCGAAAUCCCGAACUAAAAAUACUACUACAUCCUCAUUUUUUUCUAAUAUUUAAUAGUUAGUAUUUGUCUCUAAACAUUUUCUAUAUUCCCAUAUCUCAGUUGUCACAAAUAUCUGUUCAUGAUAUAAAUUACACUUAAUACAUACUCAACUUAAUACAUACUACGAUAUAUGUACGAGUGUAUGUACAUACAGACAUACAUAUGUCAAAAAAGUAAUCAGUAGAAUAUUUCAUUAAAGCAAUGUGAAGCUCAUCUGUUUUAUUCAUAAAAAUAUAACAUAAAUAAAUGGUUAUUGAAUUACAUUAUA